AUGGCGCAAGCGAGAUAUAUGUACCCUUCGACCAGUGUCGAGGCGUCGAAUGCAGCCGACGCGUUCACGUUUUAUGCGAUGUAUGCACCGAGCGAGAUGACAGCUUUGGCCCAGACGUGGCUGGAGAGCACCAUGUCGUUCCGCCCCAUCUAUCAUCUUCUCAAGGACCACGGCGACGUCCUGCGACGUCACGCCAGCGUCCAUGCGUGCGUGGUGCAAGCUGGCAUCGACCGCGCGCAGCAGGGACAGCCGAUUGAGAUGGGUCUCGUCGCCGCCGAUGCGAUGGCGUACUUUCUGCAGUGCUCCGACGACGAAGCCGACGCCAGUGCAGUAGAUGCUGCGACGACGACGACCUAG